UAAUUGAGGCAAGUCCAAAGAAAGCUGUCAGAGGCGAGGCGGGGCCGACCAUCUCAUCUUCAGUUCCAUUGAGAAUACAGGACUUAAAAGCGAAGUUGGAGGCUCAGCAACCUAAGAAGCCAAGCAACUUUAGGAUUGUGAAUGGGAAAUCCAAUGAUAGGAGUCCUCAGGGAAUCAGAGAUGCACGAACGUUAAGGAGAGAUGUGGAGUCGGAUAAAGGUAAUAGUUUCCAAAGUUCGAGUGGUAAGACGAGAUUGUUCGUGCCCACAGAGCAAGCAAAGCCCAAUACGCAGAGGAGAGAAGGAAAGGGUCUGACAUCUAACAGGAAUCUUCCGAGUGACAGAGAGCUCAAGAAUUCGCAGAGAAGAACUCCUACAAACGGGGUGAGGGAUAAUGUCCUCAAACAGAACAACCAGAAGCAGAACUCAUCGUAUGAAAGAUUUGGUUCGGUUUCAAAGGCUUCAUCAAGUCCAAAAGUUGGCCCAAAUAAGACAAGGACCGUAAACAAGGUUCCUGCAAGGGCUGAAUCUACAUCCUCAAAGACAGUGAGGACAAACACUCUUAGGAAUCUUUCUUCUUCAUCUUCUUGUAGCACAAAGAGUCUCAGUCAAAGGAAAGGUGCUGCUGGCAGAGAGAUUAGCCCAAUGCGGAGCAUUGCUACAAAUGUUCUCAUAAGUAAUGAUGAGAGGUCCGUGAAGAGCAAAGUCGUUGAUGACGUUAUUUCUUUUACAUUUACCUCCCCCAUAAAAAAGUCUUCAGAGGCUCAGUCUCCUGUACGAACAGUUACAAGGAUCAAUAAAUUUGCCAGAGGCGAGAGCUUGACCUUUUUGUCUCCUGCUGAGAGUGUGAUUGGUGAGAGUUCCUUGAGCAUCCUUUUGGAACAAAAGCUUCAGGAAUUAAAGGAUAGGGUCGAAUCAUACGAAGCAGAGAGGUCGUAUACCUCCACAGUGAGCUUGAAAGAAGAUGAGGAUAGUCUGUCCACUUGUACAUCUAGUGUUCGAGAUUCAGUAUGCACUGUAAGUGCACAAGUUGGAGCCGAUGUGGAUGAGAUGAGUAGCCUAAGUGACUUUGAUUCCUCUUCCACAGUCGAUGGGAGGCAGAAUUGCCAGGCUCAAGUCGCAGAAGCAAAGGAAGAGCACAGCAUGAUUACUACAAGUGGCAGAACUGGAAAAGAGGUUGAUCAUCAACUUCCAAAUGAUUCAAAUCUCGAACCAUUAUUAGCUGCUGGAAGUAGCCAUGACAAUACAGUUACUUGUAGUGUAGAAUUUCUUGAAGUGGAAGAUAAUAGACCCAAACUAUCCGAGACGACAUCCUGCUCAUCCGUUGCUUACAUGAGAGAGAAAUAUGCUGCCCCAGCACUGUUAAGUGACAUUAAUUUGAUCCGACCAAGCAAUUGGGAAAUUGAAUACAUCAGAGACAUAAUCUUUGAAGCCGAGUCAACUCUAGAAGACUGCUUAUCGACUCACCCUGGUGAAAUCAUACCCCCAUCCCUCUUUGAUGAGUUGGAGAGUCGUGGAAACGUAGAGAGGAGCAACUCCGAAGAAGAAUCCAGCAAGCUGAGACGGAAGAUCCUGUUUGAUUUCGUGAGCGAAUGCCUAGCAUUGAAGUGUCAAGAUUUCUUGGUUGGCACCCCAAAAGGAUGGGCUAGAUUCACAGCACUGUUUAGGAGGAAAAGCUUGUUGGCGGACGAAAUCUAUAGGGAAGUGUCCCGUGGAAACUGCAUCGGGGACAUGAUGGUGGAUGUUCUCGUGGAUGAGGACAUGAGCUCUAAGUACGGGAGAUGGGUUGACUUUAGGGUUGAGAUGUUCGAAGAGGCCGUGGACAUCGGACAGGCCAUUCUUUCUUCGUUAGUUGAUGAAUUGGUUUCAGAAUUCAUCGUGCUCUCACGUUAGAAAAAGUAACUCUAAUGUAAUAUAUAUCGAUUUGGAUUACUUUUAAUUUCGAAUGGCGCGGUCAAUUGCGCCGUCAGAAUGCUCAGCCAAUGGAUCCGUUAUUUUUGUUCUAUCUGCCUUUUUUUUGGCAGGUACAUGGCAUAAGCUUCAGGAUUUUCAACUUGUAACUUAUAUUUCACUAUCAAGUCUUUCCGUUUGGCUGGCA